AGAGGAAGAUGAAACACAUAAAACCCAACCAAGAAGAAGAAGAAGGAGAAGAAGAAGAAGAAGAAGAAGAAAGUAAAAUCCGGCCGGCAGAGUUCAGCGGUCUUGGAAGCGGCUCUUGACAAAGAAGCUCGACAUUGUUGUUGUCAUGGCGCAUCAUAAAGCUUCGGAUCCAAAAAGGGAGCAGUUUCGGCGAUACCUGGAGAAAGCGGGUGUUCUGGAUAGUCUUACCAGCAUGCUUGUAGCAUUGUAUGAACAGGCGGAGAAGCCAAACAACGCGCUGGAAUUUCUCAAGCAGCACCUCGGAGCGGCCGACCAGGACUCGGCAGACACUUUGGCUCUUCGGCAAGAGCUGGCCGAGUUGAGGCAGAAGUGUGCACUUCUGGUGGACGAAAACAAAGACCUCAAGACAAGGCUUCAACACUACGAGCCAACAACAGAGGAUGGAGCUGCAGCUAAAUAGGCCCUUUUGCUUUCCUGAACUAGUUUUCAAGGCAAAGCUUAUGUUGAAUGAAUGCAAUAUUAUUUUCUUGGUUUUUUGUUUGUUCUAAUUUGCAUAUUCUGUUCUUGGGUCAUGCUUUCUGAUAUGUUUCUUAGUUACAUUUCAUUUGUACAUGAUGCAUAAAUAUGAUUUCCAGCU